UCUGGUGGUUCUUAUCGCACUGAUGAUAAUACAGUGAACUGAAACCUUUAGAAAUAAUUCAGUCUGUGCACGGCUCUCUGCUUUCGUUUUUUUUUCUAUUCACGUUUUCCUGAGGUUAUUCUUUUCAUACAAGCAAAAUGUUCAAAUUUGGAAUAUUUUUACUUGCCAUUCUAAUGGUAAAUUUGCAUACCGCAACUUGUCGUGUCAUCGAGAAAAAGGACUACGACAACGACGACCUGUUGUCCUUAGUGCGAGCCAAGCGCCAGUUUUCGCUGAAUCUGGGAGCCACCCAUCAGGACAACGAGGGGACCGAUUUCACAGCGGAAGCCAUUGCACGGUUCUGGCGCAGUCAAAGCGGCAACACCGAGGUGCAGGGAUCGGCCAGCUACAGUCAACACUUUGGCGGCUUCCAGGGCGACGGUAAUGACUACCGGUUGAAAUUGAAAGUAGUUUUUCUUUAGUAGCUUUCCCAACUUUUCUAAAGAGUAAAAUCUAUUUCAUCAAUAUAUUACUGUUGCGCGCGAUUUAAUAGUACCAAAAGAAACAAAAUUAUUGAAUAUGU